UUUUUUAUAUCGAGUGAACGUUCGUUCUUUAGUCUCUAGGAACGAACGAUCUGCUAGCCUCAUCCGAUUCAGAAGGCUCUGCCUGACAUCGUGCCGGCCACGUGUCUUGUGGGGUGACAACUUUAGUCCCGUGACGUGACAACUUUAGUUCUGUAGAGUGGCAACUCUGGUUUAUGAGCGUGGCAACUUUAGUUCUGUGUGGGUGGCAACUUUACCCGUCGCGCCAGAAGGAUAGGGAGCGAAUGUUUAAUUUUGUGGGUCUGGCAACUUUAGUUCUUCGCGAAUGGCAACUUUACCCGUCGUGCCAAAAGAUCCCUUUUUUAUAAGAUGCUUUUGCGGGCAUGCAUGCCCAAUGUUUGUGGCUUUGUGAAACCUGGAAUUUUUGCUCUGUUGAUUGGAUCCAUGCUUGCUUGUUCCAUACAUGCAAGCUAGCUCAAUCUAAUGCAUGCAUUCCUUGGUGAGAGCUUUCCUUGCUUGUUUCCUUGCUUUAGGAGGAGGAGGCCGGGCUGGAGACUAGAGCUUUAGCCGUCCAACUCAAGCAACCCUCCAAGAGGAGAGGAGAUCGAUCUGUCUGGAUCUCCUCCUUGUUUGGACAAACAAGAAGGCCAGCAGAAACAUUCUCCGACCGUCUUGUAUAUUACUUGCAUGCAUCACCAUCUAUCUCAUCGAUCAUCCAUUGUCAAAACUUCAUAUCUCACAGCAUCGAUCCACAUCGUGCUCUCUCCCUUUCCUAAAAGAUCGAGAUUGAUUCAUCACCCCGGCCGGCCAGAGAAGAGAAAGGAACACACAGAGAGCUAGCUAGCUCCAUCGAUCAACAAGAAGAAAACCAGAAAGAAGCAGGAGAAUUCCUUGGUUGAUGAUGGAGAUCCUGAAGAAGAACCGGGAGAUGGUCUUCUUCGACGUGGAGACAGCCGCAGCCCCUUCUUCUUGCAGCCACCAAUGGUGGAUCCUCGAGUUCGGCGCCAUCCUCGUCUGCCCGCGCCGCCUCCUCGAGCUCUCCUCCUACUCCACCCUCAUCCGCCCCGACGACCCCCAAGCCGCAAUCUCCAAGCGCUUCCUCGACUCCAUCCCCUCCGACUCCGGCCAAGACCAUUCCUCUGCCCCGACCUUCUCCGAGGUGGCCGGCGAGAUCCACGCACUGCUCCACGGCCGGGUCUGGGCCGGCCACAACAUCCGCCGCUUCGACGUCCCGCGCCUCCGCGCCGCCUUCGCCGCCGCCGGCCUCCCGCCGCCCGAGCCCGCCGCCGUCGUCGACUCCCUCGAUCUGCUCGCCUCCGAGUUCGGCCGACGCGCGGGGGACCUCAAGAUGGCAACCCUGGCGGCCUACUUCGGGAUCGGCAAGCAGCGGCACCGGGGCCUCGAUGAUGCCAGGAUGAACCUCGAGGUGAUCAAGCACUGCGCCGCUGUGCUCCUGCUCGAGUCGACGCUCCCGGGGCUGCUUGCCGGCGAUGCCGCCGCCGCCGCGCUCGGGGAUGGCGCCGUCACCCGCCGCAGGGCAUCACACAGGAACGGGUCACCAGGACCAGCAGCUUCUUCUGAUUCUGAUUCUUCUUCUUCUUCUCCGGCGACGGCGACUGCAGCUGCUGGGGUAAUUCACAAGGGGAAUUCGUGCAAGAAGAGGGACAGCAUGGGGAAAGUGGUGGUGAAGCAACAGCACAAGCAGAAGCAGCAGGGAGCUGCUGGAUUAGGAGGUGCAACAAUGGCCAAGGCAACAACGGCGGUUCGGCGGCCGAUCGCCGCCGCACCGGCAUUCAGCAUGAUCCUCAGGCACUCCAGGGCCAUCAUCAGAUGAUUCUUAACUUCAUCCAACUAAUUAAUUGGAUUCAAUUCAAAUCCUUGAUUUGUUGUUGCUUACUGCUGAUUUGCAUCUCUUCGUUUCAUUCAUUUGUACAUACAGAAUUGGUUACACACAGACAGGCAAGAGCAUGCACCUUUCUUGCAUGUGCUAGCUCUGCUGUGUUCAUGUUAAUUUAACUCUGGUUUCUUUUCAUUCAAGUACUAGCUACUAGACAUUUGUGUUAAUUGUACAUAAAUUAGCAUCAGAUCAGUUCCUUCAUUUGUAAUGUAACCCGUUGUUGUACAAAAAGGUGUAUAAGAAUACCAAUUCUUUCAUUUCAUCUGUAAAUUGCUCCAUAGGUCUCAAUUAGGACCAAAUAACAGUUUAUCACUGUAAAUUGAUUGUAACAAAUUGCUCU